CUCAGUCACUCGCUACUCAUUUAUUUAUCAGUAUCCCUCUACACUACUAUCAAGUAUCAACCAUAUCAAACACCUUCAGUUAAGAGUUGAGACUGCUAACUAGUUGCGCACAGCUUCUUUUAAAUGGCUUCGCGUUCCCUUCUUUUGGUGGCAUUUUUUCUCUUCUUCAUUACCCAGGUUUCAUCUGACAUACAGAUUGAAGACCAAACCACUCAGUUGGUUAAAGGAGCUAACAGAAGGCUCUUGCCAUUCAUGGAAUGUGGAGGGCUGUGUAAGGUGAGGUGCAGUUUGCAUUCAAGGCCAAAUGUGUGCACAAGGGCAUGUGGCACUUGCUGCUAUAGGUGCAAGUGCGUUCCUCCAGGCACCUCUGGUAAUAGAGAUGUGUGCGGGAAAUGCUACACUGACAUGACCACUCAUGGAAACAAGACCAAGUGCCCUUAGAACUAAUUAACAUACCUCUUUUUAUGUUAAAUAAUGAUCACCAGUUGGAUUAGCAUGUUACUUAUGCAUGUCAGUGUUUCUUGAUGUUUUCUUCUCUUUUUGUUUACUGUAAUGAAGCUUCUGUGAGAAAAGAUCUCUUCCUUUCUUCA